CAGAGACAGCAGCAUCAGCAAAGAUUGAACGAGUUGUUGGACGCAGUCAAGCAGGAGUUUGACUAUGCAUUGACAGAAGCAUCGUCGUUCAAACAGGUCAAAGAGGACUAUGACAUUAAAUACAAUCAGCAAACUGCUGAGAUGCAACAAAUAAGACAAACCGUUUACGAGUUGGAAAUGGCCCAUAGAAAAAUUAAGGAGGCCUACGAGGAAGAGAUCUUGCGCUUGAAAACGGAGUUGGAGUCCCGGGACAGACAGGCCCAGAUCCAACAACAGCAACAGCAACAGCCUCUGCAACCAGCAGCUAUUCAAACCCCAUCGCAGCAGGCAUUGCCUCCACCUAUCAAACAGUCUCCCCCCAAACAGGAAAUCAAGCCUACCUCAACUGCAUUGACUGUCAUCGACAAAUCGCAGUACAUUGUUAACCCCACCCAAAAGGCUCUACACGUCAAGGAGAUUCCCCCAUUCUUGUCAGACUUGGAUGUUUCCAAAGCGAACCCAGACUUCAAGAAACAGAAGUUAGACUAUUAUGUCUUGUACAACCCGGCCUUCGCUCGUGAUUUGGAUGUCGAGUUGAUUCACUCGUUGGACCACUCUUCGGUAGUUUGUUGUGUGCGUUUCUCCAAGGACGGUAAGUUCAUUGCUACCGGUUGCAAUAAGACUACACAAGUGUUCAACGUCGAAACGGGAGAAUUGGUGGCCAAGUUGAUCGACGACAACAACUCAUCUGACGCUGCUUCUGCCGUUGCCGCCGCUAAUGGUGACUUGUAUAUCAGAUCCGUUUGUUUCUCUCCGGAUGGGAAGUUAUUGGCAACCGGCGCUGAAGACAAGUUGAUCAGAAUCUGGGACUUGAACACCAAGAGAAUUAUCAAGAUCUUGCGAGGUCACGAACAGGAUAUAUAUUCGUUGGACUUCUUCCCUGAUGGAGACAGAUUGGUCUCUGGUUCUGGAGACAGAACGGUGAGAAUCUGGGACUUGAGAUCGUCACAGUGCUCGUUAACUCUUUCCAUUGAAGAUGGAGUGACCACGGUCGCUGUUUCCCCAGAUGGCCAAUUGAUCGCAGCUGGUUCUCUUGACAGAACAGUCAGAGUCUGGGAUUCUACUACUGGUUUCCUUGUUGAAAGAUUAGAUUCCGGAAACGAAAACGGCAAUGGAAAUGGCCACGAAGACUCUGUCUACUCUGUUGCUUUCACAAUUAACGGCAAGCAAAUUGCUUCUGGUUCUUUGGACAGAACCGUUAAGUUGUGGAACUUGGAAGGAAAGCAAGACCCACAAGGGAACAACAGCCCAGGUAAGAAGUCCAGCUGCGAAGUGACCUACAUUGGACACAAGGACUUUGUUUUAUCUGUCUGCUCUACGCCAAAAAAUGAAUACAUACUUUCUGGUUCCAAGGACCGUGGUGUUAUUUUCUGGGAUCAACUUUCUGGUAAUCCAUUGUUGAUGCUUCAAGGACACCGAAACUCUGUCAUAUCGGUUGCCGUUUCCUUGAACUCCCAAGGCACUGAAGGCAUUUUUGCUACCGGUAGUGGAGACUGCAAGGCAAGAUUAUGGAAAUGGACCAGAAAAUAA